AUGGUGAUGGAUCAAGCCCGCAAGGAGUUAAAGAGGCAAGAGGACAAACAGUUUUCUGUGUUUGACGAUAUAGCAAAAAAACUUUAUGAAAUAAGGAAAAGUCAGAUGAAAAAGUUCAAGGAAGCCAGAGGCAAAGGCUACACAGUAUACUUCAGCAAAGCGAAACCAGAUAAGUUAUUUGUUAAUGGUAAAUUUAUUCCUGUAAAUGCUCCGUUGACAGGUUUUGUUUAGGUACGAACACCGGUCUCUACACAUUUCCAGAGAUAAAAAUGUACAUGCAAAUAUAAUACUCUCAUUGGAGCUUUUCUUUCACUCUGCUCUCAAAUAGUCAUGUAUUUGCACAUAAUAUCCUCGUAAUCUGUUGUAGGCGUUAAGUAUAUUCACUUUAAAACUUUGUUUCCGAAUUACUGUCUAUAAAUCUGAACUAGUCUCUUGCUUUCGUACACAAACAUGCAAUCUCAAACAACUUUACUUAGUUCCAUUCCAGAGCGUAUCGUUCGCGAUAGUUAUCUUGCUGCUCUUUUAAUUGUUUGUAUCUUAUUAAGUGGUUGUACUCUAUUGUUUUUGUUUUCGUGGUUAUUUUCCUUUCAUUUUCGGUUAUUCAAAGCUAUCGCAGCAUGUGAAUGAAGUAUUUCUCUGAAUGUGAGAUUGCUGUAAAUGUGUUGAUAAAUUUUUCCCCCAAAUGAGGUCCUACUCAUUCUGAUUAUAUGGGGCAUAAUGACAAGUUCAAUCUUUUGUCGUUAAAUGUUCGUGGGAUUCGCACUUUUGAAAAGCGGAAAGCUGUUUUUAGUUGGCUCGUAAAUUCCGGGGACGACAUAUUUUUCCUGCAAGAAACAUACAGCACUGGAGAUAUUGAAAAUAUCUGGAGAAAACAAUGGAAAGGCGAAAUGUUCUUCUUGCAUGGCAGUAAUCAUAGCAGAGGUGUUCUAGUACUUAUAAGGGAUAAUUUAGAAUUCAAAGUAAAUUCCACCAAGGUAGAUUCUCAAGGUCGCUACUCUUUUCUGGAGGCUUACAUUCAAGAUUCGCCUUACUUUCUUUUAAACAUUUACGCUCCAAAGAAGUGUAGUAAAACAAUUUCUCUUCUUCAAAGACGUAUCGGAUAUUCUAAAAGGUGCAAGAGUGGAACAAGAUCACCCAUUUAUAGUCGGUGGGGACUUCAAUAUCAUUCUUGACCACGUUUUAGAUGGGCAGGGCGGUAAUAGUAAAAGGAAAGACUCCGGAAAAAUUGUUGAAGACAUGUACGCUGAGCUUGAUUUAGUGGAUAUCUGGCGCAUAAGAAACCCCACGAAUACACGUUUUAUUUGGCGUCAAAAGAAACCAAUCAUACAAAGGCGCUUAGAUUAUUGGCUCGUAAGCGAUAUUAGUUUACAAGAUGACAUAGAUUCAGUUGACAUUAAAACGUCAAUUAAGUCAGAUCAUUCAGCAAUAACGCUCUCUAUAAAUGGUUUAGAUUAUCUUGAAAAAGGACCUAACUUCUGGAAAUUUAAUUCAAACCUAGUAAAUGAUACCGCUUAUUGUGAACUUCUACCCACUGAGUAUGCCAAUUGGCUAGAGGAAUUCAAAGAAGUACAAGAUAAACGUGUCUUAUGGGAUUUAAUUAAAUACAAAAUUAGACAGCAAACAAUCAGAUAG